AAAUGUGGUUUAUAAAUAAAGUUAUUAUUAUUUAACUGUCUGUGACUCUGUUUCCCAUCAUGCCUCAGGAAAAGAGGAAGUGGCAGACAGAGAUCGAGAACAAGAGACGUCAGCUUGAGGAUGAUAGGAGAGAGCUGCAGCACCUCAAGUCGAAGGCUCUGAGGGAGCGCUGGCUGCUGGAUGGAGCGCCCCCUGCUGGGGUGCAGCAGGACGAGGCCAGGACCAGGAGCCUGGAGGACACCAUCAACAGGCUGGAGGAAGAGCUGCUCAGUCUGGAGACUGGAGGACAGUGUGAGACCAGGACACACACUGCUGUGUCGUCAGGAUCAGUCACAGCUGCAGAGGUCAAAGUUCACAGCAGCCGUCAGCUGGACAGAGCUGCCGCCGCUCAGGUAGAGCCAGGUGAGACCCUGUAAUCUGAUUACAGUAAUCUGAUUACAGUUCAGCUCAUGUAGAGCCAGGUGAGACCCUGUAAUGUGACUACAAGUCAAGUCAAGUCAGUUUUAUUUAUA